AUGUUGCUCAGUCAAUUUGAGAGCGCGGAACACCCAAAUAUUGACUUACUCAGAUAUCACAUCCUCGAAAUCAUCUACAUGACGAUGUUAGACAGGAAAGGUGGAAUUUCCAGGUCUUUAGCCCUAGCCGUUGAUUUAGCAUAUUCAUUGGGUGUCAACAACGAGAGAACAUGGUCAGCCUACACGACUCGUGAAAUAGAGUAUCGCCGCCUCUUGUGGUGGACGUUAGUCUAUAUGGACUGCCGCGUCGCGAUUAGCUUCCAACGACCGCUGCUCCUGCACCAUGCUAGUGUCGGCGACUUCACGGAAAUCUCGUUUGGCCAGUAUACGCACGAUGCUACACCCGGCACUGAUCCACAUCUAAGUGGACUGGGAAUGGUCCAACUAUCUUGGCCGAUGCCCUCAAAUCCGCCAGAUUUUUAUUCAGACUGGCUACUAUUCAGUAUGCGUUGGAGUAAGGUGGUAGCCCAAACUUGGGACACAAUGGUGUCUGUUAAAGCUACUCAAACAGCGGCAGCACCAGACUCGAUAGAAACGGCGGAUAUGUCGCUGACUGAGAUUCAAAACACUCUGCCAAAUGCCCUGAGUUGGAACACGGGAAUCCUACCAAACUUGAUUGAGGCGGGAGAUAUGGACAGAGCCUGCCGUUUCAAGGUCAUUGUAUUUGAGGCGAUAAACGUCUUACGAUUAGCAGUUCGGUGCAGUUGGCUGCGCUAUGGCCAGAACGUCACACAGAAUAGCGACUAUGAGGGCACGGCUCAAAUGGCCGAGACCUUGACCUCAUCUGUGAUGAAUACGAUUGUCACAUAUUUAACAUUGCGCAACUAUGCUCGGCCAUGGAGCACUUAUGCAAGCAGUCUGCUUGUUCAGUUGUCCUCUCAAGUUGCGCCUAUUUUGAGGGCUAGAAGUGCCUUUGUGGAUAGUUCUUGCGGAGUGAUUGCAUCGAUUAGCAAUGCCCAAGCUUGCAUGCAGGAAUUGGCAGGAAUAAAGCUGUUUGCCGCAAAGGCAGCAUCUACAAAGCUAACAGUCAUGCUAGAAGAUCUGCAUUUUCCCAUAUUGGGGAGUAUUCCAAGGCUCUUGUGUGCACCGAACGCGAUUCUACCAGACAAUGAUGUUGACAAUGCGACUCAAAUUCUUCGUAACUGGGGAGAUUCUCUUGAUGGUGCAAGCGAUACAAUUUGGGAAAACAUGUUUUCCUUAACGUAA